UCACGUGACUGGAGUGGAGGGGAACAUGGCGGUGGAAGACGAGCAGGAAGCUUUACUCCCCGGCAGUGAUGAUGGCUCCUCCAGCAGUGUACCCCGGCGGCAGAUGCCGGCCAUCUGUGACCCCAGCAGGUUCGCUCACCGGAUCGUCGUGCUGACGCUGAUGUGUUUCCUGGGCUUCGGGAGUUAUUUUUGCUAUGACAACCCGGCAGCUUUGCAGACUCAGGUCCAGCUGGACAUGAAGGUGAACACAGCGAAUUUCAUGCAGUUGUAUGCCUUUUAUUCCUGGCCCAAUGUCGUACUUUGCUUCUUUGGAGGGUUUCUCAUUGACCGCGUGUUUGGAAUUCGGUUAGGAACUAUUAUAUUCAGCCUGUUUGUCUGUGCAGGGCAGGUCAUAUUUGCGGCAGGUGCCCUCUUCAAUGCUUUCUGGCUAAUGGAAGCUGGUCGACUAGUAUUUGGGAUUGGUGGGGAAUCGCUUGCGGUCGCGCAGAAUACAUAUGCCGUAAGCUGGUUCAAAGGAAAGGAGCUGAACCUGGUGUUCGGAUUGCAGCUCAGCAUGGCCAGAGUGGGCAGUACUGUAAACAUGAAUAUCAUGGGACUGGUGUAUGAGCGGAUAAAGGAUGCUAUGGGCUCUGCUGGUUAUACUACACUUGGCAUAACCCUCAUGAUUGGUGGACUAACGUGUUUUUUUUCACUGAUGUGUGCAUUAAUACUUGGGUAUCUGGAUAGGCGAGCAGAAAAAAUACUCAACAAAGAACAAGGAGAAACUGGGGAAGUCAUUAAGCUGACUGAUGUCAAGGACUUUUCUCUCAGCCUUUGGUUGAUAUUUUUAGUGUGUGUUUGCUAUUAUGUUGCGGUAUUCCCUUUCAUUGGCCUUGGAAAGGUCUUCUUUAUUGAAAAAUUUCAAUUUUCACCUGUUCAAGCAGGAGCCAUAAACAGUGUGGUUUAUAUCAUCUCUGCACCGCUCUCGCCUGUAUUUGGUUUCAUGGUUGACCGAGUUGGGAAGAAUAUUAUCUGGGUUAUGUGUGCUGUGGUGACUACUCUUGGUGCUCAUCUCAUGUUGGCCUUUACUUUGUGGAAUCCCUGGAUCGCUAUGAGCUUCUUGGGGGUCUCCUAUUCUCUCCUGGCUUGUGCGUUGUGGCCUAUGGUUGCGUUUGUGGUCCCUGAGCAUCAGCUAGGCACUGCAUAUGGAUUUAUGCAGUCCAUCCAGAACCUGGGUCUUGCUAUUAUUGCCAUUGCUGCUGGUGUCAUAUUGGAUUCUCGAGGAUAUCUGUUUUUAGAAGUCUUCUUCAGUGCCUGCAUCUGCAUGGCCAUUAUAGCUGUUGUCAUGUUGUAUUUUGUAAACCACCUUAGAGGUGGAGAUCUUAAUCUGUCUUCAUGGGAAAGGGAAAAACUACAGAAACAAGCUGACAUUGAAAAAGAAACUGAAUAGCAAAAUGUCAUCUUCCUGUAUGCUGAAAGCGGUCAGCAAGCUGUCAACUGGAAGAGCCUUAGUGUCUUCUGAGCUUGCUGCAGAUAGUCAAAUCAACAUUACUAUACCCUAACCACCUUCUAGGAUGCCAGUGCUAAUGAAGGCAUUCUUAAAGGCAGUAAUGGUUGUCAUGGACGGUUUACACACUUACUGGUUACAUGGCAUUGCCAUGUGGCGCUUGGUACUCAGUAUGGUUUGAUCUCAUCAUUCUUGUUUUAAUUGUUUAACGAGGCUUAUGUCCUUAACAUGAGGCACUUCAUUUUGUAAGGAAUCUAAUUUCUUUCUCUUUAGCACUUUGUGUCUAGCUGCAUGGUACUGUUUACGGUAGUAUUUCCUGACAUGCAUGGAACCAGUUCCAGUAAUGAGGAUUUUAUGAUGAGGAUUCCCAGGCUAUUGGGUCUGCCGUAGGGAUGUAAAUCUGCUGCUGACUGACUUGUACAAUAUGGAAAUCCUAUAGAGACUACAUUUCAUCUGUGCUCCACUGCAAUCUUCAUAAUACUGUAAUUGGAAAUGCCUUAAACCUCAACUCCCUAUGUGUUCCUGCACGUUAAAUCUGGCCCGUCACCUCCUCCAUGUCUGUCUUAGUAACCACGUGUAUUCCUCAUGUAAUACCAAUUCUGGAGCAUCUUUUUUUCUUAUGACUCUAUUUUGUGCUCCUGCAAGAAGUUUGUGAAUAAAUUGCCUACCUAUAAAGCUAGGUCCAGCUGGGUAUUACUAUUAGGGGGUGUGUCCCUGCACAGUCUUACACUGACACCACUGAUUGGAUAGUGCAGGGAGGGACACACCCCAUUGAACCUUCAUUGUAAACUGUUGGCAAUUCACUUAUAAACUUCUAGUUGGAAUAAUAGAAGAAUGACCCAAUCUAGUUAUAUGGAAAGAUGCCCAAGAUUUAGUGUUACAUAGGGAGUGCAUGUAGUUGCUAACACAGACCUGUCAGGAGAAGAGACAGGUCCUCUUUAAGUUUAAAUUGUUUUAUAUGUACAAAAAUAUGUUUAAAUCCACAGUUCAGUCACUCUGUAUAUUAUAUGAUAGCUGAAUAGUUAGAAAGUCACUCUCGAGAUCCCUUCUUCUGUACACUAGCAGACCGAGUGGGAAGGCAUAGCUAGUGACCAGAGCCCACCAGCGUCUGCAGGCCCACUCCGUUCUGAAGUGACGAGCUGGAAGAGGAGAGGCUAGGUGAGUAUUGUUAUCUUUUGAUAAAAAAAACUUUUUUUUAAGCACUAUGAACCCGGUUCUUUAGUAUGUGCAAUAGUUUACAUCUGGAUGUGUGGGGGAGGGGGGAAAGCCAGCAUCCAUGGUAAUGUUGCAUUACCCUAUGUUUGGCCAGUUAAACGGAUAGAAAGGGUCAAUGAUCUUUUAUUUUGCAAAUAAGACCAGUGAGCAAAUAUUGGUCUAACUGGGUCUCCAUAUUUUACUUAUAUUUCACAAUUAAAUUAUGCUUCUGAGUCGUCCUGUAUUAUGGCAGGGCCAGAUCCAAAGGUCCAGAUAACUGGGGUGCCCAUACAUUACUUCUGGCACAUCUUUUGGCUUUGGCGUUCAUACUGGCGUGCCAAUAGGUUCCUGGUCUGACUGGUUCCUGAAUAUCUGUUUGUUCAUCUCUGCCCUGUGGGUUGGUUCACUUCAGCUCUGUCAUUGGCGGUUUUUAAAGAACGCAAAUCUGUUGAUAACAGUGUAAAUAGUGGCUAACCAAACCAGACAACUCCUUGCCUUUUAUUGGUGUGAAUUCAGAAAAUCCGUAACCUAACCAAUGUAAUAUUAUUUUUAAACACACAAACUAUUAGCAAUUUGUUUGGAGUUUUCUGCACUUUUAGUGACCGUCUUCCUGCAAUGGUUGACAUUUUGAACUCCCAUUGUCAGUGUGUAUGAAACUGCAGAUAUAUAUUAGAGAAUUGCAUAAGCAACAAUGCCUUAAAGCGUCACUGAGCUUUCAUCAAACUUUAUAUUAACCACUGUUACAGGGUGUGUACUUGAGGAAUAACACUAUAUAUUUCUGGCCAUUAUAUCACUUUUAUCUGACAUUUUAUAGCCGUUUUCCUCUGCAUGCUGAAUAUCUAGAGUGCAGUUCUCCCUGACAUAGGGGGUAGAUCUCCCAUCCACUGCACAGAAAGUAGAGGAGAAUCUCCUUCCUGAUCUUCUGUUACUCACUUAGAAGCAUCCACAGGAGAAGGGCAGACAUUACAGAGAAGUACUUACCUGUGUGGUUGUGAAUAAAACACUUGUGCUGACCUAUAACUUUUCUAUGUAGCUGAGCGCUCUGUGUCUCCUCAGCUCCUGCUCAUCCUCUGUCCUCCCCUCUCCAUAGACUUAAAUUGAAAGAUUAAUUAAUGGAGUAGAUAGGCACACUUCAUCUGGAAUAACCCAGAGACCUCAAUAUUCUCAAAUUAUUUAUUAGAUAUUCAAUAAUUAGA